UGCUGACUGCCAACACAAUGGCGGCCACCGCACCAACAUUGGAGAAACUUCCUGCGUCAGAAAUGAACGCAGACGAUCGUGCGGAACUAACACCAAAUGCUAUCACAGAAAUCAAUGACAAGGAGAAAUCUGGUAUACCAUUGAACUCGCCAUGGACUUUCUGGCUGGAUAGGUCUGUGCGUGGUGCUACUGCAGCUCAGUAUGAAGCUAAUCUGAAAAAGAUUUACACAGUACGCACUGUUGAGAGUUUUUGGAGUGUGUAUAAUAAUAUUCCUGAUAUCCAGGAAGUACCUGUCAGAUACAGUUACCAUUUAAUGAGAGAUGAAAGAAAGCCGCUAUGGGAAGAAUCUGUGAAUGCAAAUGGUGGAUACUGGAAGAUGAAAUGUGGCAAGGAAGACACUUCCACUGUUUGGAAAGAGCUUUUAUUGGCUUCUAUUGGUGAACAGUUUUCUGAUCAUGUUGGAACAGGUGAUGAUAUAUGUGGACUUAGUGUGAGUAUCCGAGAGAGGGAUGAUAUUGUACAAAUCUGGAAUGUCAAUGCUACAGUAUCUAAUGAUGCUACUGUCAUGGAUAAAGUCAAAGAACUACUUCCUAAAGUCAGGUUUAUUACAGUUUUCUAUAAAUCGCAUCAGACACACUAUGCUUUUGAAGGAAGAAAAUGACAUCUACCAAAACCAUUUAUAAUCUUGUAAAAUGACCUGUUGCAUGAAUUCCUGUAUGUCAGUAGGACUGGUAGUAUUUAUCUGCUUGUUAUUGACAUUUCAGGUGAUCAAUUUUAAAUGGUGAGAUGUACCAAUGUGUAUAUAUAUAUAUCAAGUUUUUAAAACAGAAAAACUGCCAUGAUGGGGGUCAGAUUAGGGUCAGAUUAUAUGGAUUGAAAACUGAUUAGAUUACAGCUUUUAUUAUAUCACAUAUAGAUGCCAUGAUGAUGUGUUACCAAAGGUGUUAGGCCAUGUGUAACCUCAUCUGUGACAGACUUUAUUUUUAAGUGCAUGCUGGUUUUGCUACAUUGACCGAAUAUAAAUCUGGCUCUCUAACGGAUAUUUAAAUUGAUCUGAAAUACAUGUACAGUUGUGUAGUUGGUGUGAGGGUUAAGUUUCAGUAUUACUGGCAGUCUUGAGUUUCUAAAUAAUUGUGAAUCUUGAAGUGUGGAUAGUUAAUGAGCAAGUUGUUUGUGUAUGCUGCAGUCCUUUACAUAAGGGGUCUUCUCAAUUUGUCAAUGUACAUCAAAAACAAAAGAUAUUUCAUGUAGAACCAGACAUUGUUCUCCUUUCUCAUAUAAUAAUGGGGUAUCGGUAACUUUAAAUUUAAAAUGUAUGUUUCAUAUUAGGAUCCAAACUCAAACAAUAUUUUCUUCGCUUGGUUGAAAUGUUUAAUGCACUAGGCUUUAAUACACAAUAAAAGUUUUGUCAUCAACAAUUUUUUAUUUAAAUGAAAAUGUUACCACAAAAAUUGAAUUUUGUCAGCUACACAGCUUAAAUACACAAAAUUUUUGACAUUAACAUUUUAUAAUUUAAAUAAAAAUGCGACCACAAAAAUUAUAUUUUGUCAGCUACACAAAACCCCUUUUUGCCCCUCCAAACAUAUUAUGUCGAACUUCAACAAAUUGAGAAUACUCACUAUGACCCACAGUGUGAAAUUUCAUCAUGCAUGUCGCUUUCAAUAUUGAGUUUGCAGUGAUUAUUUACUGCUAUAAUUUGUUUUGAAUCAGUAUUAAGUAUCUUGCACGUCACA